AGAAAACGUCUCCCUGGCGAUUCCUGGGAACAUAGUGGCAGGCUCUGAGCGAGCCCACGUGACUGUCCUGGGUGACAUGAUGGGCGCAGCUCUGCAAAGCAUCGACCGCCUGCUGGCCAUGCCACAUGGUUGCGGAGAGCAAAACAUGGUUCUGUUUGCUCCCAACAUCUACAUUCAGCCAUACCUGGAGACGAGCGGCCAGCUAACCCCAGAGAUCAGAGACAAGGCCCAGGGCUUCCUGAAGAGUGGGUACCAGCGUGAGCUGACAUACAAGCACAAUGAUGGCUCUUAUAGCGCUUUUGGGAAGAGUGAUGCCACAGGCAACACCUGGGCGGUAUCUCGAACGAGCUCUCUCUCUCCGCUUACAUCACGGCUGCACUGCUGGAGCUGGGGCUGCCGCUCAUGGACCCCAUGAUGAGCAAGGCCCUCCAGUGCUUGCACAAAUCCUCCAACACCACUGACAUCUACACACAGGUGCUGCUGGCCUAUUCCUUCGGGCUGGCAGGGGACAUGCAGCUGUGGAGUGCCCUUCUGAAAAGCCUGGCCCAGUACAGCACUAGCUCUGGGGGGCAGCUCCACUGGGAGAGGAAGGUGAAGCCGCCGCCUGGCACUGAUUCCUUCUGGGCCCAAGCCCUGUCAGCUGAAGUGGAGAUGACCGCGUAUGUCCUCCUGGCCUAUCUCUCCCCGCCCAAAGAGGCUACUGCUGACCUGGCGACUGCC